GAACCAAAGACAAUUAAUCAGUUGCAUACACCUCGUCUCAGCAACAACAAGUAAUUAUAGUAGUUCAUGUUCAAGAAACUUCCACCAGAAAUCAUCAAAUCAAAAACCAUUCAAUCCAAUCAAUUCUGUUUCUGGUUCUGUUUUUCUGUUAUUAAUGGCUUCAUCUUCUUCUUCUUCCCCUCCGAUUGCUAAUCCACGGAUUAUCGAGACAGAUCCGACAGGGAAAUACGUAAGGUACGGCGACAUAUUAGGUGUAGGGUACGCGAAGACAGUUUACAGCGGAUUUGAUAAAAUCAAUGGCAAAGAAAUUGCAUGGAGUCGGAUAAUCAUAACAGAAAGAAUGAUAAAUUCUGAAGAUGGUGUUUACACACAGUGUGCAGAAGCCUGUCUAUUAAAGGAGUUAAAUCAUGAAAGUAUAGUCAAAUUCUACCAUUCUUGGAUUGAUUAUAAAAACAAGAUCGUCAACAUCAUUACUGAGCUUUUCACUUCUGUCAGUUUACGCCAUUACAUCCAGAAUCAUGUUCUUGUUGAUCUUACAGCAGUCAAGAACUGGUCCAGACAGAUUCUUCAGGGGUUACAUUAUCUUCACAAUCGUAACACACCAAUCCUUCACCGUGAUGUUAAGAUAGAAAACAUCUUUGUUAAUGGGAAUUCAGGGACAGUUAAACUCGGAGAUUUCGGUUUAGCCAUGUUAUUAGAACCUGGGUAUGGCGCAAUUGGUCGUGUUGGUACAGCACAGUACAUGGCACCAGAGAUUUUUCGAGGGAAUUAUAAUCAACUUGUUGAUAUUCAUGCUUUUGGGAUAUGUGUACUACAGAUGGUUACUGGUGUUGAUCAUCUUUACAAAGAAUGUAAAUUCCAUCAACAGAUUAUGACUAAGAUCAGGUUAGGUGUUAAGCCUGAAGCGUUAAGUACUGUGACAGACCCACUGGCUAAGAAGUUUAUUAAGAGAUGUUUGGCUCCUGCGUUUAGGAGACCUUCUGCAAUUGACCUAUUGAAUGACCCGUUUCUUGCACCGAGUGUUGCUGGUUCGUCAACAGUGAGGACUAAUUCGAGUCUGAUGCCGUGUAGUGUACGUGAUCAGGUGGAUGGAUUACUAGGGGUUACUGAGAAUUUGGAUGAACUAAUAAAAGAUCAGGUUCAGGGUGGAGUUAGGAAUCAGAAUUUGAAUACUGGGGAAGAUUUGAAUGUUUGGAAUUUAUUUGGUGAGAAGCCUGUUCUUGAUGAAGAGUUUUUUGAUGCUAAACAGUCACUUGAGGAUCAGAAAAUGCCUAGUUGCUUUGGGAAGCUGACCAAGCUGACAUCUUUUAUCAGAAAAUUUUAGGUUCAAGUUGAUUCAAUUCUUCAUUACAAAAUGUGAUUUUUCGUUGUACUUCUUUUAUGUCAGAUUACAGAACAUAUUACUUAGUGAGUUA